AUGGAUCUCGCGCCAGGGCCAGAUGCGACCGAGACGCUCAAGUCCUCGGUCGUGGAGUUGAAUGUGGUGGAGGCGGCGGAUGAUACGAACGUAGAUGAUGAUAGUACACCAUCGCAGCCUACUAUCCAGAAGUCAAAAUCGCCGACAUCUGACGCGGAUGAUAUUAGUGAUGAGUCUUGUGAGGGUGAGGAGUGGGAGACGGAUUCGUUGUACGAAGAGACAUUACAUUUUGUUCGGGAUGAUCAACUUUCGACUGUCCCAGAUGCAUGCACACCGCAAGAGGCGACCGCCUAUCGGAAACUAUUACGUGAGAUCGGAAAGGUUGCCUUUGUCGAAGAGACGAUCGGGAAGAGUACGAUUACGGCCAAGAAACUCCUGACUGCGUUCGGUGUCGUUCCUCCGUCUUUCCUUGAAGAUGCGCCAGACGAGGCAUACCAUCCAUUAUUGGGUAUUGUCAUAUCCCGAGAGUUUGCAAAGCGUCAGAAGCUGGAUGAGUACAAUUCUAUCGACGAUGCGGUCGACUUGCUGAAAAAGGCGAAGAACGUUAUUGUCAUUACUGGUGCCGGUAUCUCUACAAGUCUUGGGAUACCAGACUUUCGUUCCAAAGACACCGGUUUGUACUCGCGACUAGAACAUCUCGGACUCAGUGAUCCUCAAGAAGUGUUUGAUAUUUCCUUGUUUCAUGAGGAUCCAAGUAUCUUCUUUUCAGUCGCGAAAGACAUACUCCCCACCGAGAAGAAAUUUUCUCCUACGCACGCUUUCAUCAAGUUGUUACAAGACAAGGGCAAGUUAUUGACAAAUUACACCCAAAACAUUGACAACAUCGAAGCCAAUGCGGGUGUCAAACCAGAGAAGAUUGUGCAAUGUCACGGGUCUUUCGCAACCGCAACCUGUACCAAGUGCGGCUUCAAGGUACCGGGCGAUGCCAUUUUCGACACCAUCAAAUCUGGCAAAAUACCUCUUUGCAAGCCCUGCAAAGAACAGAUUGCUCUGCGACCGCAGAUGUUGAAACGGAAACGUAGCUCGAAUGGCCUACAAACCAGUCGCAAGAAGGGUACGUUUGACGAUGAUUCUGAUGAGGAGGACUAUGAUAUCCCUACGCCUGGUGUUAUGAAACCUGAUAUCACCUUCUUUGGCGAAGACCUUCCUGACGAGUUUGGAAGACGACUGGUCGAGGAGGACCGCGAGGUGACAGACUUGGUCAUAGUGAUUGGAACGUCUAUGAAGGUGGCGCCUGUUGCCGACGUUCCCAGCAUUAUACCCAGCACUGUCCCUCAGAUCUACAUCUCACGCACACCUGUCUCGCAUAUCGGCUUUGAUAUCGAUCUUCUAGGAGAUUCUGAUGUAGUCGUGUCAGAGCUAUGUCGACGAGCCGGGUGGGACUUGAAACAUAGCAUGAUACCCGAGGAUCAGAAGGUUGAGAUCAUUCAAGAAGAAGGCUAUGUAUCCCGACAUACCUUCAGGGUUGUUUAG